CUGUUGCUGUACGCAAACCGACGUGACCUGCGGCUGGUGGAUGCUGCAAACGGGAAGGAGAACGCCACGGUGAUUGUGGGUGGCUUAGAGGACGCAGCAGCAGUGGACUUCGUAUUUGUCAAGGGGUUGAUAUACUGGAGUGAUGUAAGUGAAGAAGCCAUUAAACGAACAGAGUUCAAUAAAUCUGGGAGUGUACAAAAUGUGGUCAUUUCUGGACUUCUGUCACCUGAUGGGCUGGCAUGUGACUGGCUGGGAGAGAAGCUAUACUGGACAGAUUCUGAAACAAAUCGGAUUGAAGUUUCUAAUUUAGACGGAUCGCUGAGGAAAGUGUUGUUUUGGCAAGAAUUGGAUCAACCCAGAGCAAUUGCCUUAGAUCCUGCAAGAGGGUUCAUGUAUUGGACAGACUGGGGAGAAGUGCCAAAGAUAGAACGUGCUGGGAUGGAUGGCUCAAGCCGCUCCGUUAUAGUCAACACGGACAUAUAUUGGCCAAAUGGACUGACGCUGGAUUAUGAGGAACAGAAGCUGUAUUGGGCUGAUGCUAAACUGAAUUUCAUCCACAAAUCAAAUCUGGAUGGAAGUCAUAGGCAAGCAGUGGUUAAAGGCUCCCUUCCACAUCCUUUUGCUUUGACGCUGUUUGGGGACACGUUGUACUGGACUGACUGGAACACGCAUUCGAUCUUGGCCUGCAGCAAGUACUCUGGGGAGGACCUGCGUGAAAUACAUUCCAACAUCUUCUCUCCCAUGGAUAUCCAUGCUUUCAGCCAAAAGAGGCAGCCAAAUGCUACAAACCCAUGUGGAAUUAAUAAUGGUGGCUGCUCCCACUUGUGUUUGAUGUCUCCUACCAAGCCCUCUUAUCAGUGUGCAUGUCCCACUGGUGUGAAGCUUCUUGAGAAUGGAAAGACCUGCAAAGAUGGUGCCGCUGAGCUGCUGCUUCUAGCCCGCCGAACAGAUUUGAGGCGAAUUUCCUUAGACACCCCAGACUUUACAGACAUCGUUUUGCCACUGGAGGACAUCCGUCAUGCCAUCGCCAUUGACUUUGAUCCUCUGGAAGGAUACAUCUAUUGGACCGAUGAUGAAGUUAGGGCCAUCCGCCGCUCGUUCAUCGAUGGGUCAGGUAGUCAGUUUGUUGUCACAGCACAAAUUGCACAUCCUGAUGGCAUUGCUGUGGACUGGGUUGCCCGAAAUCUCUAUUGGACUGACACCGGCACAGACCGUAUUGAAGUGACAAGGCUUAACGGGACCAUGAGAAAAAUCUUGAUAUCGGAAGACCUGGAAGAACCCAGAGCUAUUGUGCUGGAUCCCAUGGUUGGUUACAUGUACUGGACUGACUGGGGAGAGAUCCCAAAGAUCGAGAGGGCAGCAUUAGAUGGCUCAGACAGAAUUGUGCUGGUGAAUACCUCACUUGGCUGGCCAAAUGGACUGGCACUGGAUUAUGCAGAAAGCAAAAUAUACUGGGGAGAUGCCAAAACGGACAAAAUAGAGGUUAUGAAUGCUGAUGGAACUGGGAGAAGAGUUCUGGUGGAGGACAAGCUGCCUCAUAUCUUUGGAUUCACAUUGCUGGGAGACUACGUUUAUUGGACAGACUGGCAAAGACGCAGUAUUGAACGCGUGCAUAAGCGCACAGCAGAGAGAGAGAUCAUCAUAGAUCAACUGCCUGAUUUGAUGGGCCUGAAAGCUACAAAUGUCCGCCAGAUAAUUGGUACAAACCCUUGUGCGGAGGAUAACGGCGGCUGCAGCCACCUUUGCCUGUACAGACCACAAGGCCUUCGCUGCGCUUGCCCCAUAGGCUUGGAGCUCAUCAAUGAUAUGAAGACCUGCAUUGUCCCAGAAGCUUUCCUGCUGUUUUCUCGGAGAGCGGAUAUCAGACGGAUCUCUUUAGAAACAAAUAACAACAACGUUGCUAUUCCACUUACGGGAGUCAAGGAAGCUUCUGCUCUGGAUUUUGAUGUGACAGACAAUCGGAUUUACUGGACUGACAUCUCACUGAAGACCAUCAGCAGAGCGUUUAUGAAUGGCAGUGCACUGGAACACGUAGUGGAGUUUGGCUUGGAUUACCCAGAAGGCAUGGCCGUAGAUUGGCUGGGGAAGAACUUGUAUUGGGCUGAUACUGGAACAAACCGUAUAGAAGUGUCAAAGCUGGAUGGGCAGCAUCGCCAAGUGCUGGUGUGGAAAGAUCUUGACAGUCCCCGAGCAUUGGCAUUGGACCCAGCUGAGGGGUUUAUGUACUGGACUGAAUGGGGUGGUAAGCCGAAAAUUGAUAGAGCCGCUAUGGAUGGCACCGAGCGGACUACUUUGGUACCGAAUGUGGGACGUGCUAAUGGCCUAACUAUUGAUUAUGCUAAAAGACGACUGUACUGGACUGACCUUGAUACCAACCUGAUAGAGUCCUCCAACAUGCUAGGCCUUGACCGUGAGAUUAUAGCUGAUGACUUGCCUCACCCAUUUGGCUUGACUCAGUAUCAGGAUUACAUUUACUGGACAGACUGGAGCCGGCGUAGCAUUGAACGAGCCAACAAGACCAGUGGCCAGAACCGAACCAUCAUCCAAGGACAUUUGGAUUAUGUUAUGGACAUCUUGGUCUUCCACUCCUCCAGGCAGGCGGGCUGGAAUGAGUGCGCCUCCAGCAACGGUCACUGCUCUCACCUCUGCUUAGCAGUCCCUGUCGGUGGCUUUGUCUGCGGCUGCCCAGCUCACUAUUCCUUGAAUUCCGACAACAGGACUUGUAGUG